AUGUACAGUGACAGCGACCGUCACAAGGAACUGGGCGAGUGCGACAAGUUGCUCACACCAGAUGAUCCUGAACAUGACUUUGAUUGCGCAGAACCUAGGUUGCAAGAAGUCAAGGACAUUGUAAGGAAGGCCAGAGCGUCUUCAGCACCAGGACCCAAUGGAGUACCGUACAGGGUAUACAAGAACUGCCCCAAGAUCUUGCUACGGUUGUGGAAGCUUAUAAAGGUUGUUUGGAGGAAAGGAGAGCUUUGCAGAGAAUGGCUGAAGGCAGAGGGAUGUUUUAUUCCUAAAGAAGAGGAUUCGUCAACCCUUGGUCAAUUCAGGACUAUCUCUUUGCUGAACGUGGAAGGGAAGAUACUCCUCGCUGUCCUUUCAAAAAGAAUGACCUCUUAUUUGCUUCAGAACAAGUACAUAGAUACAGCUGUGCAGAAAGGAGGAGUACCCGGUGUAUCUGGGUGCAUCGAGCAUACCAGUGUCAUCACCCAAAUCAUCAAGGAAGCACGCGAGAACAAAGGAGACAUCGCAUUGAUCUGGCUUGACCUAGCAAAUGCAUAUGGUUCUGUUCCGCAUCAGAUGAUACAAAAGACUCUACAAUUGUAUCAUGUACCCGUUCGAUUUCGGCAGAUGUUGCGGCACUAUUUCGACGGCUUCAUCAUGAGAUUUUCAACAAGGGCAAUAACCACUGACUGGCAGAGACUUGAAGUAGGCAUCGUUACCGGGUGCACAAUUUCAGUGGUGCUGUUCGCAGCAGCCAUGAAUCUGAUAGUGAAGUCAGCGGAGAAGCCAUCAAGAGGACCCAAAAUGACUUCGGGGUGUAUCCAACCACCAACGAGGGCAUUUAUGGACGAUAUGACUAUUACAGCAAAGUCGUACGUCGAGGGAAGGUGGAUGCUGCAAGACAUUGGCGAACUUAUCGAGUGGGCCAGAAUGAAGUUCAAACCCCAGAAAUCAAGGAGCAUGGUUUUGAGGAAAGGAAAGAUUCAAGAGAGUGCAAGAUAUAGAAUCAAAGAUCAGCUCAUCCCUACUGUUAAGGAGCAACCAGUGAAGUGCCUCGGGAAGUGGUUUCGAGACUCACUCAAUGAUAAACAGAGUAUCAAAGACACGGUAGUGCAAAUGGAGAACUGGUUGAAAGAUGUGGACAAGUGUGGUCUGCCAGGAAAAUUCAAGGCCUGGAUUUACCAACAUGGCAUCCUACCACGCCUAUUGUGGCCGCUGCUGGUGUACAGUGUACCGUCAUCAACAGUGGAAGCAAUGGAAAGGACAAUAAAUUCAUUCCUCAGGAGGUGGAUGGGGGUGCCAAAGAGUUUCACCAGCCUCGGUUUGUACUGCACAGGCAGCAAGCUGCAGAUACCUCUCAGAUCACUGACGGAGGAAUACAAGGUCACAAAGGCCCGGAAAGUCAUUAUGCUACGAGGCAGUAGAGAUGAGAAGGUUAGAGAAGCAGGAGUGCAGGUCAACACCGGGAGAAAGUGGAGGGCCGACAAGGCAGUUGAAGAGGCUGAGGCUCGUCUUCGGCACAGCGACAUUGUCGGUAAUGUUGCACACGGGCGACUAGGCUUCGGAUGCGUCACCCGUUCGCAGUGGAGCAAAGCCAGUGCAAAAGACCGACGCACCCAAGUGCAGGAAGAGAUUCGCCGAAUGGAGGAAGAAUCCAGGCUCACCAGAGCUGUUACCCUACGGAAACAGGGAAAAUGGCUGAACUGGGAGGGAGUACCCCAGAGAAAGCUUACAUGGAAUGCGAUCUGGACCAUGGAAAGCGACAGACUUAGUUUCUUGCUCAAGUCUGUCUACGACGUGCUGCCAAGUCCAACAAACCUAGUGACUUGGGGUCUUGCCGAAAAGCCAGAUUGCAAGCUCUGUGGAAGACCAGCAAAUCUGGAGCAUGUCCUGAGCUCAUGCAGGACAGCCCUGUCUGAUGGUCGAUACAGAUGGCGUCACGACAGGGUUCUUGCUUCAAUCGCCGAUCAUCUAGAUCAAGCACGAAAAGCGCAGAAGAUGACCAACAAAGGCCCCUCAUUCAUUUCCUUUGUCAGAGCCGGAGAAGAAGGGGCAAAAGCCAAACGCGCAUGUGGGAUUCUUGGAACGGCAACAGAUUGGAGAAUGGAAGCAGACUUGAAGAAACAGCUCAAGUUUCCACAGGAGAUCACCGUGACAAACCAGAGACCCGACAUAGUACUGUGGUCAGCUGCAUCAAAACAGGUUGUGAUGGUGGAGCUCACAGUACCAUGGGAGGAGCGGAUUGAAGAGAGCUUCGAACGGAAGCGCGAAAAGUACCAGGCCCUCACAGAUACCUGCACAGAGAAAGGCUGGAAGGCAUGGUGUUUUCCAGUGGAGGUGGGCUGCAGAGGUUUCCCAGCACAAUCACUGUGGCGCACUUUCAGCAGACUGGGGGUUACAGGACAGGUCCGGAAACGGGCCAUAUCGGUUGCUGCACGUGAAACAGAGUCUGCUUCCUUGUGGCUAUGGCGGAAGAGAGAGGAGAAGUGGAUAGGUGGACACAGGGCUGUCGACUAG